CGAAGGAGUAACAAUUCUCAGAACGCCAUCUGAAAGAAUGUGGCCAAUUAAGAAUUUUUAUAAAACCUCUGAAUGGCUUUUAGAUAUGGAAGUCCUGGAAGUCUUAGAGACAUUUGAUCCUAUGGCGCCCGACGUGGCUUCCAGAGCUUACCACCACUUCGGCGGAGCGAUAAAUUUGGCCGACGAUGCUAUUUUAUAAGAGAUGUAUGACCCUUAAUACUAGAAAAGAAAUGGGGUACAUACUCCUUUUCUUUUCGGGUUGAAAAAUCCAUUCCCUCUCGCAUUCUUUCAAACUCUUCCUCCAAUGGGCAAUAGUCUAUCGAACUAGGAAUGCUACAACAUCCCACGUCUAGAAUUCUCGAAAGUAGCUCAAAUCGAGAGAUAUUUAUCCAAUAAAGCGGUCCAAUAGCUCACUAACCAAUUGCUCUUGGCCAGUACUAGCGAGUAUCGAUCAGUUAUACGACGAGGCCCGUGAGACCAUAUGUGAAUAUGGGAUGGAUACAUAACGCCCCGGAUGAUACUCUCACCGCCGGGCCUAAAAUAGUAGCUACUAUGUCUGUUCUGACUGGAGUGUCUUUUUGUUUUAUAUGUCUUCGAGGUUAUGUUCGAUGGCAGCUGGUACACUCGUUAGGGACAGACGAUUUGAUCAUAUUUACUACAUGGCCCCUAACCUGCGCGUACACGAUAGUCGCAUCAAUACAGACAACAUGGGGUCUAGGGAUGAAUAAUCCCGAAGACAUACCGGAACAAAACAUGUAUCCGUACGGUUAUUUAGAAUAUGCGGUCUCGCCCUUAUAUAUUCUCAGCGUCCUCGGAUUCAAGCUCAGCCUCAUAGUAUCAUAUUUCCGGUUCUUUCCCCAGGGAAUAUAUCGUGGCAUAGUAACUUGUGUGUUAGUCGGUUGCAUACUCUCUAAUUUGACGUGCUUAAUAGUCCAACUAAAUACAUGUCACCCUAUCGCAAAGCAAUGGGACAGUACUAUCACAUAUGGUAGAUGCUUUGAUGUGGUCGCAUUCUCUAGCGCUUCAUCGGCGAUAGCGAUUGUUGUUGAUUUUGCUGUGAUGGCUCUUCCUUUCCCUAUUCUCAUCAAAACCAAAAUUGAAAUGCGCAAGAAAGUCAUGCUACUUGGUCUAUUCGCUCUAGGCUUCUUCGUUACAGCCAUCCAGAUCAUUCGCAUCCAAUACAUGAAGACCCUCGCCAAUCCGUUCGAUUCUGGGAAAGUCAACCUAUGGUCAUCAAUCGAGAUAAAUCUAGGCGUAAUAGUUGCUUGCGCGCCUAUGUUAUCGCCCCUCUUUAGACGAAGGUCUAAGUCUACCGAGGGCACGCAGGGGUUAUCCCGAGGAGGUUUCGAGCUGAAUAUCACGAAACAGUCAUGCAAGAGCAUCAAGCACCGUAUUCCAUCAGAAGACAGUCUGUAUAGUUCAGCGAGGAAAACUUUCAACCGGCCAAUGAAUGUGGACGACCGGAAGCAUAUUCAUCUAGGAGAUAGGAAGAUAAUCAAGGAAACAGAUAUUAUGGUUAUUAAUCAAGCUUCUCCAGCCUAUCUACCAUAUAACCAUACAGGGUUAGGAAGAACCGGAACGGGGGACUACGCAGUCUGGGCGCAGAGCCGUAACAUCGUGCCAUGUAAUUUUAGUCAAGUUUAGAUUCAUAUAGCUUCACAUCCUACCAAGCUUACCGCGGGAGUUAGAUAUACGUAGUGAUCGCGUACAGAAACCGAAAUCCUUACUCAUGGACUUUGGGUUACAUUGGAGUCCUUAGUUACCCCCGACUUCAGUGUCAACAUUGAUCUCUAAGGUGAGAAUCUCCAUG